AUGACACACUCAAUCACUUUCGCUGAAAGCUUCUCCCAGCAAUGGGGUUCAUAUGUCGCCUCUUUCAGUAGCUCCUUGGAGCGCAACGACAGGGCCAAGUUAUCCCGAUUCGAGUCUUUUGAUGACGUUCAAGGGCUAUUCUCCAGAACUCAGGAGUUUUCGUUAUCGACGGAAGCUUGCCAGGAGCUCACAGCACUCGCUCAUACUCUAGAGAAACUCAAAGACUUCAUGGAUUUUGUUUCCAAUGAAGCAAAGCCACCCACGGAUAAUUCCACGUUCUGGGGCUUCGUUGGGCUUCUCUCACAGUCGGAAGAAGGUGCUGCACCUCAACUACCCCACAUCAUCGGCUGCGUCUGCCAGAACAUCGGCAUCCUCAACACGUAUCGGGACAAAACAGCAAAGUUGUUACCAGAGAUGAGAGACACGUGCUUUCAAAUAGCUAACUCAUUACUCUCAUUCGUCAUUGAAGCCAUAAAGUUCAUCCGGAAGGAUGCGCACUGCCUAUCAAAUGAGAGCGACGUCUGGGAACCCUUCCAACAGAAAUUUAACACCUUCAAAUCUAAAAUUGACGAUGCAGUCUCUCGUUUAGAGAAGAUUUCCAGGGUGUGGGGACUUGAGGACCUAAACCAACUGCAACUAGCCUUGAUCGCCUCCAAACCGUCGCCUCACCAGAACCCGGAUGGGCCAGCGAGUUUUCGUUGUUAUAUCUAUCCCCACUUGGUAAUAAUAAGUGACUUCUUUGAUCGUAUGGACGACAUCAUCCAAAUAGAAAGGUACUUUAGUACCGGUGCCCAAGAUGCUAACCAGCCAUUACGCUCACUCACUUUGUACGGUUUGGCCGGAGUCGGCAAGAGUUAUGUUGCUCUGCGGUACGCCGAGGAGAGAAUUCGCCUCGGGGAGAUUGAUGUCCUGUUGUGGAUAGCGGGUGAGAAGGAAGUCACCAUUCUUCAAAGUUUCACCGACAUUGCCAUUCGAUUGAAGCUUCCAGGUGCUCAGCCCAAAGACCAUGCUCAAAACAAGACUCUUGUCUUGGACUGGCUCCAGAAGACCGAAUGUCAAUGGCUCUUGGUCUUUGACAAUGUUGAAUCCUUCGACCUACUGAUGAUGUACUGGCCGACCGCUACCCGAGGUCAGGUGAUCAUCACAACUCGCAACCACAACCUCGCGUUCCAUCCCACUCAUCGCGGGCAUGAAAUCACAGAGUGGGAUCCUGAAACGGGCUCUCAAUUCCUGGUCCACUUGCUCUCAACCGAGAUCGGCAAUCAACUGACCAAAGAACAGGCUUGUGGCGCACUUGAGUUGUCUCGUGAUGUCAGCGGACAUGCCCUCGCCUUGUCUGUUAUGGCUGGUCUGAUUCAUCGCAACUCCUGGUCCAUUAAAGAGUUUGUCCAACUUUACAAGAAGUGGACAAGGGAAUUCCACAGUAUUUCUGGGAAAGGUUCAAUCGAUGCUCUGUGGGAUCUGUCGUUCCGGUCUUUGGGCAAAAGGACGUCCGCCAUUCUAGGUGUACUUGCUUUCCUUUCCCCGGACAGCAUUCCUCAAGCUCUCUUUGAACACAAGGAUUCAACUGCUUUCCCAGCCACUCUCAGAUUCUGUCGAAAUUUUUUUGCUUUCUCACGCGAAAUGGACAUUCUGAUGACUCUUGGCCUGGUCAAACGCAACAAAGAGAAGCGCGCAUACUCGAUUCACAGGCUCGUGCAAACCUCAUUCAAACACUACAUGAGCGCUGAAGACCGCCAAAAGAGCUUCAACGAUGCGACCAUAUUGGUUUCUGCCGUCUUUCCACGGAAGGAUGCCGAGUUCGCCCAAAUGUACCACGAAUGGAUCACUUGCUCCCUCUACCUCCCACACGUACUCAGCUUGAAAGAUUCCUUCCGCAAGGAGAAGGAAGCCAGCCCAACGUUUUCGGCAUUACCGCUAUACUGUCGCCUGAACAAUGCAUGCCAACGCUAUCUCAUCGAAACCAGCGGCUAUAACGACCUCUUCGAUCUUUUGGACGUCAACGCUAUGGCAAUAGCAACCACCCCACCCCAGCCACUGAGCAUCCAAAUCGACCUUGAAGGAGAGCUCGCGUCUCACAAGGGCCAAGCGCUGGCGCGAGUGGGCAGGGUUGAGGAUGGAGUCAUGCAACUGAGGGAGUCGUAUGAGAUCUUUGCCAAGGAUCAGCCUCGCAACCUUCGCGAAGAGGCGUGGUGUGCCGAAAACCUCGCCGACGGCAUUGCAUCGGCGAACAACUUUCUGGAUGCGAUAAGUUUCCAGGAGAAGGCGCGAGACCACUGGCUUGAUUGGGCCAAGGACAACGGCGAGAAUAGGACGGAAUGGCCUGCAAUACUGAAGUGGGGAAUGGGCACCAAUCUGAUCUGGGGGGGACAGAAUUACCGGGCAAGAGAUAUUCUGACUCAAGGUCUUGGUCAACUCGAGGCAGCGAAGCCGUACAACUGGGCCAUGGUCGCCUACACUAACUACUCCCUGGGAACUGUGCAUCGAGCGGAUGGCGAUUUCGAGUCGGCAGAGAGACACUUCACAGAGGCAUACAAUAAGUGGAUCUCAGGGGACAAUCUGCUCUCCGCUCCCUUUUGUGGAGCAUGUCACCUUCGAGAAGCUUCAGUCAUCACUGAACGGCAUAAGGUGUGGAUGCCAGUGGAACAUGCCAGGUCGCUUUUCAAGUUAUCGCAAGCGCUCGCAAAGGAACCGGCGGGGGAAGAAGAGUCGGCGAGACUCCGUGAAGAGUCCACGCGUCUUCUUCGAUCACGUUUGCCUCAGGCAAAGGAUACCGACCUCGAGAAGACUUAUGACGACACGGUUUUCAUUUGGUGGCGAUGA